AUGGGAGCUGCCAACGCUGCCCGCGGCGCGAUGGAGCUGGAUCUUAUCUUCCCUCGUAAUGAGACUUAUGCUCCUACAGGAAUCUUUCCAGUCAUAAUCGCUAUCCAGAAUACCGAGCUAGCGCCAUUCCUGAAUCCGCAGAUGACCAUCGAAUUCCUCGACCUGGAUAGCCAGGUCCACAGCUACCCCACCUUUUAUGACCUGAGAUGGGCCAACUACUCCAGCAGCGACCCUUAUCGAGAGCUGAAAGUCUUCACCAGCUUCAACAAAGAGGGUAGGUGGAGGAUCGCAUGGCAAGUGAGAUGGAAUACCUGUACCGAGGACUCUCUUGCCUUCCUCGGCGGUGGUAUCACCGGCAAUGGGACGAGUCGCAUCACAAUGUUUACUAUCAACAAUUCCGGAAAAGUCGUGGAUCCUGUGCCCGCUACGACGAAUCAAAAUUGCACAAACAGCGAAGCGAUUGUUAUCAACGUAGACGAUACUCUGGCGGUCCCUGAUUUCAUCACCUGGGAGGAUUUUGAUGGAAAGACUUGUGCAUCUAUGGCAUCUACCACUCCAGCUCCAACUCCUUGCCAGGUCAAGUUCGACUCAGCCGCAGCUGCCGAUAUUUCCUCGUCUAUGACUUCUCUUCACUGCAAGCAGACGCGAGAGCCUGGGUCUUCUUGCCCCACUGAUGACAAGAGUGCGGCUCAGCAGCUUGUCGGUGUAGGAUUGGCGAGCUUAGCGGCCAUAUUCGGGGCUUUGGGUUACAUGAUAGUAUGA